AUGCAACUUCUUACUCUAAUCGCUCUUCUUAUUGGAACAUUAGCUAUCAACUGCCCCCGAGACCACUAUGCUCUUGGCAACAUGUGUGUUAAGUGCGAUGACAGCAUGCUCUGGUGUCUCUCGUGUCGGGGGCCGGGAGCCUGCACUGAGUGCAAAGUGGGGUACUACCUCGACCAUGGCUAUUGCAAGCCGUGCGACCACACAUGCAAGACGUGCAAUAAUCCGAACAGCUGCUUGGAGUGCAGCGCGAAUCACUGCAGAAACGCAAGUGGGGUCUGCGAUGAGCCCGGUGAGGUCUAUGACGGGUGCAUCAGGUGCGCACAUGACACCAAUAAGUGCAUACAAUGCCAUGCUGGAUACUUCUUUAACGCAAAGACCUUUACGUGCACUGCAUGCAAGGCCAAUUGUUACAGCUGCAAGAAUGAAACUGAGUGUGAGGAACCCUCUUCUGGAUAUUAUCUAGAUAAGAGUACCGGGGAUAUUACCCCAUGCACAGAUCAUAAUUGCGAAAUUUGUAGCACAUCUAGGGACACAUGUGAUGAGUGCAUUGACGGGUAUACUCUGAACGGAAGUAAUGGCGGUAGCUGUACUCAGUGCGCUGACAGGAAUUGUAGUGAGUGUGAAACCACAGAUACGUGUAUAGGCUGUAAGAAGGGCUAUGUCCUCAUUGGAAGCAGAUGUUCUCCUUGUGCUUCGAACUGUGAGUUCUGCAUGGAUGGUGCGUAUCCUGCACCAUAUCGUUGUAUCAAUGGCGCAUGUAAUCUUGGCUACAGAUUUGAUCCCAGGACUUCUUCUUGCAUGAAGUGCCCUGAGGGUUGCAUGUUGUGUCACUAUGAUAGUGAUCGGGAAGAGACAGUGUGUGAUAGAUGCAAUACGACAACGGAUGCCAUUACUGGCCCAAAGAUAUAUGGUGUACUAUGCUCUUCAAGCACAGAAGUAUCAUGCUCUGAAGAUGAAUUUCAAGAGAAUGGGGCCUGCAUACGCUGCGAACUGAGUAUACUGGGAUGCGAUGCGUGCAGCGAACGAUACAACUGCACAAAGUGUCAGGAUGGCUUCUACUUGUCUGGCAAUAUCUGCGUGGCCUGUGACUCCAUUUGUGAUACAUGCGAUGGCCCAGGUAACAAUUGCAAGACGUGUUGGAACGGGAGAGUUCUAAAGGGAAGUACUUGUGUUCCUGCUAAUGAGGUUAUUCCAUACUGUGAGGCAGCUAGCGAAAAUUCAUCGGAAGCCAUCUGCAUCCAAUGUGCUAUCGGAUACUAUGUAUCUGACGGCACCUGUUCUCCAUGUGCUGAUAAGUGUGCAACUUGUAUUAGCUCUGAUAUAUCUAACUGUAUGAGUGCCAUUGAGGGAUAUCGAUACAACAGAUCAACUAAUGCUAUUGAACAGUGCCAGGUUGAAAACUGUAGUAGAUGCACUUUUAAUGUCAGCGAGUGCUCUACAUGUAAAGAUGGAUACUAUCUGUCAGAGGAUAACAGAGCUUGUAUUCAAGGCACUGUCCCGAACUGCAUGAAAUACGUUAGAGGGCAAAACAAGUGUAGCACAUGCGUCCAUGGGUAUGGAUUUUCAGAGGGCGCUGAUCCUGCCUGUAUUCCGUGCCAAAAGGAGUGCAUUGAAGGCUGUUACUUUGCAGAUGUUUGUAUGCUCGGAGUUUGUGCUGACGGUUUCUACUUCAGUUAUGACAACAGUAAGUGUCUUGAGUGCCCCUCUGGAUGCUCUAUGUGCAAACAGUUCUCAAAUAAUGGCCGAGUUGGAUGCACGCGAUGUGCCUCGGGAGAAACUGUCAGUCUAAGCACAGCCUAUGGCCUGCACUGCAGUGGCCUUUUGAACAAGUCUGGCCUCAAGCCCGGAGUAACAGCAGCGAUCGUGAUUCUGGUCCUGCUCCUCAUAGGCGUCUGCGCAGCAAUACCGUUCAUCGUGAAGGUCCUGGUCCGCAAGGGGGUGCGUAGAAGGACCCGGGCAAUGAAGUACGAUCGCGGGAGUGCAGACAGUCUGCUGCCCGAGGGGUCCGCCGACUCUGCUCUUUGA